GUUCCAGGAAGCAGCAUAAGGAGCACCCUACAGUUGCAUUCCAGAGACUCUUUUUAUGAAAAACUUCUUGCAUACGUUUGUUAAUAGUGAAAUGGCUUUUCCAGGUUUGGAAGAUUUUACAUAUGUUGAUGUUUUAUUACUUUGAUCAACAAAGGAAUAACUGAGCCCUGGAUUUCUCCAUUUACAGUCAGCUCUUCAAGAAGCUUUACAUUUCUAUGAAUGCUUUCAUCACUUCCGGUUCUUCAGUGUUUGAUAAGGAGACCAGGCAAAGUCUGUCCCCUGAACACAUUUUGCCAAGUUACACUUAUGCCUUUCUGGAUAGUGACACCUCCUAUGAAUGUUGUUCCAUAAACCCCUUGACGGGCUCUCUUUUCACAUGUCGCCGUAGUCCUCGGCUUCUUACUAAUGGCUAUUACAUUUUGACGGAAGACAGUUUUCUGUCUGAUGAAGAUGGUAACGUAACACUGACCCCAACCCAGACAAGUGUUACCUAUAAGGAGAAAUUAGUUAGAAUAUUCAGGAGAAGGAAGAAAAUCCGUCGCUCUCUUGCUAGUCUGUUCAGUCUCAGUGCCUCGGAUUCAUGGCUCAACAGCACUGUCCUUAGCAAUAUGGAUUCUCCUCAUGUAGAGGAGAUUUGGAAUGAUGGAGAUAAUAAACUAGAUGCCAGUCAGCACUAUGGCAAUGAUGACUCUGAAUUUUCUUCUGAAUGCAAAACCUGGAUGUCACAAAGGCAAACACCAGCAGCUGAUGCAUCCUCUUUUUCUAAAGAUGUGGUGUUCAUUCAGUCAAGAAAACAGUUCGGUGAUUCCUCGCCAUGCUCCCAGUUUAUGGUAGAGGGGUAUUUCCAUGAAGAGACUUUGGAUCAUUCAAAAUCCAAUGCAGUGAGAAAUGUCGUUUAUCAAAUGAUUAUACUGUCCAUGUGUUUAAUCAUUUCAGUGUGUGCAAGAUGCUUUCUGGGAGGACGCUUUGCCACUUUGUCGGUCUUUUUGCUGCUGAUAAUUUUAGUUUGAAAUAAUUGAAACACUGAAUCGGUAAGUAAAACGCUAUAAAGGAUUGUAGGGUAAGAAAAAAUAAUGCUCCAGAGAAGAGUGAACCAUUCAUUCAGAUAAUGAAGUCUGCAGAUUCACCAGCUCAGCUGUGACUUUGUCAGAUUUUAUGAGCUAAUCCUGGUUAGACUUGCUCAUUACUGGAAUGGAAAACCUUGAAGAAAAAACAGCUGCUUAGGAAGAUGUUUCGGUGAUUCAAUAGGUUGCAAUCUUGACUCUAAGUUUGCAUUGUGUUAAUAUGCUGCUGAGGUUGCUAUCUGUAGGAUGAGCUGUACAACUAAAGUAUUGUCCAUUUGUGCUGAAAAGAUCCCAUGGAGCUUUUCACCAGAACUGGGUAUUAGCCCUAGUAUCCUCAUCAGAUUUCAGUAUACCUAAUUCCAUCUAAACCUCCUUUCUGGUUUCAUUUGAAUAAAGUAUUCUUCAUUUUCUGCCCUAACUACUGAAUCGUUUGGGCUGUUAAACAAUUGCUGUGUCUCAGCCCAGAGGUGGUUGCAUUUCAGUGUGCCGGAUUUAGACAAAGAGAUGCAGGGCCAGGUCCCUGAGCUGCUGUACAUUAGUGUUGCUCCAGUGAAUGAAAAGAGUUACACUAGUUUACACCAGCUGAAGAUUUGGGCCCUAAUAGCUUACAAAGCCCUUUGAGAUUCUUCUAGUGAUGCCAGCGGGGCUCUGCAUAGACACAGGGGUCACCCAAGCUUUGUAACUUGCAGGAUUUGGGGCCUUGAAGACUACGAUAGUGGAACAAAAUGUCUAGCAAGCCCUACAAAUCCAUCUUUUAUUGAUGUCUAAACCAUUUUCACUAAUGUUGCUGCUCUGGCCAUAGAACAUGCAUUACAGUCUUGAAAUAACCUAUUGUCAAACUGUUUAAAAGCUGAGAAUGGUUCUGGAUAGUGGUGAAUUGGACAAUCUACUUAAAACUCUUCAGGGCCUUCAUUGUCUCAUCCUUGCCACAGCCUUUUGGCCUUUAUUUCUAUUCUGGGUUCUUUCCGAGUGAUUUUGAAGAUAGAAAAAUGAGUGUUAGAAACACAAGAAAAGAGAGAAUGGAAAUUAAUUGUGCCAGAAUAGUGCUUCCUGUUAGAGACCAGAAGUGCUACCUUCAGAAAAGUCAGGAGUCAGAGGGUUGGAAGAGCAGCUGGAGACGCCAGAAUCAUAUGGUUAACUUAACAAAUAAAGAGUCCAUGACCUUUAUUUUUAAAGCAUUGAACCUCAUUUUUCUGAUAUUGGAUUUAAGAGACAAUGCUAAACAUUAAUCCCCUUGAGUGCCCAGUGAUCACUGUUCUGUGACUACACUAUCUCAUAACUA